ACUUAUGCAUUUACAUUUCUGACUGCUGCAGGUGGCAUUAUACUCAGCGUUGACGGGUUAAAUUUUUGUCUCAUAACGUAGGAUUAUAUUCCAGGGUAAAAUAGUGGCUUGCAUGUUCCUAUGAUAGGUAAUUCUUUUAUUCACAGCUAGAUUCUAUUCAUUGGUUUUUGUUAUCUUACAGGUAUUCUGGUAUCGUUAACCAUGCUAAAGGCUGGUGUCCUGGAAGCAAAGCGGCGAAUUUCAGUCAGAAUGGUUCCUAUGCUACUGUGCCCAACAUUAACAUAAGAACCUGUGACUUUACAAUUGCAUUUUGGGUAAAGUGUAAUGAUGUUGAUGGGCCUAUACUGGCACUUUGGUCAAAGGGUGGAAAACUAUUUUACGUUACAGUCAAGAAAUCCCGUCUUCUUUUAUCGAUAGACAACACUUUCCACUUACAAAUCAGUUACUGGAAUCACGUAGCAGUAACCUGUCAGCAGCAUAAGAUCAAGGUGUUCGUUAAUGGUACGGAGGAGGCAUUGAUAGACCAAUGGAAUGAGUAUUUCUUCUCAUCGUUAGGCCAUUAUCAGUCAGAGUAUAUCAUAGGGAAUGAUCCAGGUUUAGUCCAGAUGCCAAUGACAAAUUGUGUGUUUGUUGGAGCAGUCAUGGAUCUUUAUGUGACUGGAAUAGCUUUAUCUGCGAAGCAGGUCUCUGACCUGAGUAAAGGUGGGAGUAGUAUCUAUUCGACGAUAAAUCGUACUCUUCGAUCCUUAAUUGGGGUCACUUGGAUCUUAAAAAAAUGAAUGUUCUUUUUACAGUCUAGGUUUUAGGCUUUUGAAGAUUGUGCUAGCUUAAUGUUUUGUCAUAAUUCGUCAUAAUUUUCAUCAAUUUUCCAAAAAUUAUUGUAAUAAUUUGCACUUUUGGCUAGUUUUACAGCUCAACAAUCAUCAUGUUACCAAUUAUUUUGGCCCGAGAGUAGAAUUUCAGGCAAAUUUAAGUAACAAAAUCAAUUUUUUGUCUGCUUAUAUUGUCACAUUCAUUGGACUUAGGUCCCGCAGGAAUUAAUCAAGAUAAUCAAGAAUUCUUUUUACAGGACUCAACGCAUGCGCAUAAUUAGCUCGAUUACUUAAGAUGGCGUCAGCGUGCUGGUCGUUAAUUCAGGUUUCAGUUUUUGUAGUUGUUAAACAGUUUUGUAGGUUUAGUGGUGUACCUUUCUACAUUCAUUUAUCACUGCAAAUACAUCAGUGGGAAUCUAUAAGUAAUCGCAGUAUUAUUCUCAUUAUUUAAAGGCAAACCAAUUACACCCGUGAUAAACAGCAAACAGUCGGAAAUACAUGGUUGCAAAGUCAAUGUAACGUGGAGUAGAAAAGAAAUAUGCACUAUAACAAAGACCUCUGUACGGUUUAGGGAGAUGAAGCCCCUAGGCAUUGGAGCUGAAUGGACAGAAUAUAAGGUUUCUUCAACCACCUUUCAUCUUUUAUCACUGGAAUGCGACAAGGGGUAUGAAAUUGGUGUGUCUUCCUGGUUUGGAGAAGUUCAAAGUGACUGGUCAGUUUCUUGGAAAUUUAAAACCCGCUCUACAGGUGCGACAUUACCUUAUGUAUGUUUAAUAAUAGCUGAUAGGUUUUGGUAUUGACACCAAACCAUAUCCAGUUGAACCUCUGCUUAGGGUCCACAAUAGCCGGGUUCUCAAAUCCCGCCUUCCCGCUAGUUUUUUCUUCUUAAUUCCGCUAUCCCGCCUAGUCUGCUACACAGCCACAAAGUUUGUGGGGAGGAGCGUUGCGUGACGACACUAAAAAUUGCUGUGUAGCAGACUAGAUCCCGCCCUAAUUUUUUUUACGAGUUUCCUGCUUUAAGUAUUGAAAUAUUAAAACGUUAUACAAUGUUUAAGAGCUUUCUUGCAAUAGGCAGCUUUCAUGUUUAAGACUCUUUACUUAACCAUUAAUAGCCUGGGAUCAGGCUUCAUAGUGGGGAAAUUAAAAAGGCAAAAAAUGGGAUCAAUUUUGUUCCCUUUUCCCCCCACUGCGGAGCCUGGUCCCAGGAUAAACCAUUAACGACUGUAACUUUAUUUUCUGGUUUGCUUAUUAUUUUUUGGGAGAGCAUCAGUACAAAAAAGAAGGUCUACUUCGAUCUGAGUUCUGGCCAUUUGGAAACAGCCAGUUGAGUUGGGUAGAUGGAUGUUUCGAUUGCUUUACUAAUAAAUUGCAUGAGGCGAUGAAGCCAAUUGUCUACGCUGCUAACGGCUCAUGGAAAGUGUGAUGAACACACUGGUUGGACAGAUUGAUACAAUUUUCUCUUCUAUGGAAACCCAAACUUCCAAUGGAAUAGAGCAGCACAAGCAACUGUAGACAACUUCCUUGCAGAAAUUUUUCUUUUCCACCCUUCUUGCGCUUGGUCCUCGAUUUCUCCCUCUUUUGUACUGCUAUUGUACCUUAUUCCUGUUUAAAAUCUCUUUACUUUCUUCCAUUCUUAAAUCCACUCAAUAAUAGGUGCGUGUUACCUGCAAUAGUUUGCAAACCAGUCCUUUUUUCUCACAAUCGGUUUUAAAAGGUGCGAAGUACAGGCGAAGACUGUAUAAAAUUAACCGCGUAUUUUUCGCGUCUCUCCCUAGUCUAAUUCGUUUUUUGGCCACACUCCAGACCUUUCCAUUGACCGUUCGCGCACACCGUCAGUUACCAAGUACCGGAAUAAGACGAAAACACGCAAAGGUGAUAAUGGAUAAAACUGACAGGCUUCAUUUCCUUGGCGACUAGUAGUUCCUAGUACAUGGGCGGUGUACACCAAAAAGUCAAAAUGUGGUCACGACAAAACUUAAUUCCCGUGUCCCGCUACUUUUCCCUUACGAUUCCCGCAUCCCAACCCCAUAAAAAUAGGAAAUCCCGCUCCCGCUCAUAAUCAAUAUUUCCACUUCCUGCUCCUUUUUUUAGCUCGCAUCUCGAGUAUCGCCACAAAAAAAAACAGCCGAAUCCCGCUUCGCGCCAGACCUAUUGUGGACCCUUUCUGCUAGGGGAAGACCUCUAGGGAAGUAGACACCCUCUCUCAGCUCCCUCAUAAGCCAAGUGGGCAGUAAAACAAAUCAAGACGGAAAUUUACCACAACAAAGCCUUUUGAAGUUCAAUAACAAUAAAAAUGUACAGAUUAGUCUCCGCUUACUGGAAGUUUAUCUGUAAUUUAUGAACUUUAAGCGACCGUUCUUCUGUGAUAAAUAGCCUGUCACGAGGCUGUAUGUUCAUGGCCAUCUUAAUUGGCCUGCAUUUCUACAUUUUGCAAAUUGACGGUGAAGCUGGCAAAAAGAGACCAAUUUCAAUAUAUCAAAAGUCAUACCUUGGGGAAAUAAAAUAAAAGAAAUGUAUUAUUCAUUGUUGUGCCUCAAGUGUGAAUUUGAAAAUGUCAAAAUUGUUCUAUAGUAUUUAACAUUUUCUUUUAUCCAAACCACUUUUAGAGAAAAGAGGUCAAAAAGCUUUUAGGAAAGGUUUCUAUAAGAAAAUCACAAUCAACUGCAAAAGCGGUCAACUGGUCAUGUUUGCUUCCCCUUUAAGGUUACGUUAACACGGUACCGGUCGAAUUUUCAAACGGUUGAAAAAUUUGACAGGACACUUCGUUCACACAGAACCGUUCAAUAUUUUUGCGCUGUUCACACAGAACUGUCGAGCUGUAAUAUUUCCAAGCAAAGCGAGUAAUAACAUGACUCGUAAAUCCAUGUUCGCAAUAUCUGGUUGCUAUUUUGGUAUAUACUUAAUGGUGGAAAGCCACAAAUGCACCGGUAAUACUAGUAGUUACCUGUAGUUCCUAGUAGUAACUGGUAGUAACUAGUAGUUAAAGGUAGUUACUAGUAGUUACAGGUAGUUACUUGUAGUUACUGGUAGUUGCUUGUAGUUAGCUAUAUUCCUCUCUUUUUCCAGCUGAGUAACCAGGCGUCCAUGCAGCCACGCAUUUGCCGUGCAAAAAUUUUGCCGAUUUUGUAUUCAAACAGAAGCAAACAGGUAACCAAUGUAGCUCGCGAAGCAGAGGCGUGGUAGGGCACGACUUUCGACCGCAGUAAGUUAAGCGAGCACUAGCAUUUAAAGAACAAGUCUCGUGUAUAAAUAGUAAACAAAAGCGGUCCGACACAAGAACCUUGAGGGACACCCCAUUUUAAGUCAAACGGCUGCGAGAGCGUCUCCUUUAUGCAGAUUCUUUGACAUCUCCCUUCCAAGUUCGAUUUGAACCAGGAAAGAGCAGUACCACGGACACCUACAAUCAGGGACAAAAGUAGUUGACACACUUGUUUAAAACGGGUGCUUUGAACAAACAUUUAAUUCAUUUAUUAUUUCAUUCCUUUUAAACGCCGUAAAUCCCCCGACCCCCCGAAUCAAUGUUGUCUGAAGUUAAAAAAAGACUCGAGGGUCCAAAAUUCAACAUUGAUUUUGGGGGGAAGGGGUUGGGAUAAACGGGGGAAGGGGAUAAGUAUGUUCACUAUGCAAAAAGGGGCCAUUUUACGGAAGUGUGUCAACACUUUUGUCCCUCAUUGUCUGAAUGCGAAAUUGUGCUACUGCACACAAGUUGAGCCGCGUAUAACACUGAUUUUAACUGAAAUUAAAGGAAUCAAUGACAUAAUUAUGUUAUUGGUGGUGGGGGUGACAUAGACUUAUUCACGACCGAAUUAUAGGGCCAAUUCGAAUUACGCGAUGACGUAAUAAAAGGGCUGCGAUAUCCAGAAUUAACGUCGAUAUGGUUUACAAGCUAAAAACUGACGCUGAAACUCGCGCCUAUAUACAACUUUUGAUGAAUUUCAAGGGGGUGCGUACUGAAAAUAUUUUUAAUAAAGUGGAUAUUUCUCGUUCUUCACUUUAUCCUAUUGUUAAGGCCCAAACAAUCACGGAUAGGGUAAGGAUUGACACGUAGUGGGGAUAGUCACUGGCCGGCCACGGAAAUAUGGAGCGUUAGUGAGGAGCGGCCGUCACUGCGUUCAAUAUCGAAACUACGGAAAAGUGAAGGUAAAUUCAUGGCCAAUUCAAUAAAAAACUAAGGACAGCGUAGCAAACAUUGCAAGUGUACACGAAAACAAUUACUUUCAAUCCCACCUCGUGACACCAUGAGUGACAUGAUAACGCAACGCAAAUAGCGUGACAUGAGCGCAUAUGUCUGUGUAUUUGGACUGUAUUUCUCAAGCGAAACCCUGUGUUUUUGUCUAUUGUCGGCAGAGAAAAUGAAAAGAGAGCUUUGAAACGUGAACUGGUAUUUGACUCUCAAAGAAAACGACAGCUCAAACUGAGGAAAACACUGCUUCCUUCGUGUUACAACGGUUAACCACGUUUCGGAAAACGAAAAGUAAAAUGAGUCUGUUAUGACCUCUUAAUGUCCAUAUGUAUUCUCGUGGUUAACCGUUGAAACUCCUUAUUUGCACCACAUCGCUGGAAUUUUUCUUGCCAAGAAUACGUAUUGCGAAGUACUUUCUACAUAGCGGAAUCUUCUUUUGCCUUUCGUGAGGAAUUAGCGCAUAAAAAAGGAAAAUUUUCCAGCGCACGGCCGUCAUUGAUCACAUGUUAUCCCGCUUUCCUUGUCAUCAAGUGAACUUCUGGGCAAAAGUAAUUGCUGUUUUGGCGAUGACGCAAACUGGUGUGUCUAUCUUGAAAACAAUUUCUUUGGUAUUCUGUGAUUUACGAGCUGGGAAAUGAAAUAGUUGUCCAUCCAACAUCAAUAAAAAAAUUAUGCCACUGAAUAAAUGGCAGGCGGUCAUCUAAAAUCAUUACAAAAGUACAUUCCAAAACCUGGUCUAACCUGUUCGACGCCUACCUACGCUAAAGGUUUGGAUCACUUAGGUUUGAAAAGGUCUCCAAAAAAAACACACAUCUAUAUAUAGGACAUAGCACAAACGGCUGGCCCAUCAUUUAUGAGGUUCAUAACCUGUAUAUUGUUCACGUCCUUUCACUAAUGGCACAAGUCAAUGUCAAAAAUAAUGCAUGUCCCCUCAGUUACUCUGCAGUACUUCAUUCGCUUAAGUUAAUCAUUUACCAGAACAAUUUCCAUUGCACCUUAGUGUUUCCAUCCUUUUUCCACUAUUGAUAAUACUUGUGAAAACAUUACAUCCGCUGCAACGGCAUUGAUCAUAACACAAAUGAUUUCCUCUCGACCCCACAGGGUAUCAGGAACGCGCGCGGAAGUACAAGAUUAAGUGAUGACAUACGCUUCGUACAUUUUACUCUACGUAUACUACAAAUCAGGACGAAACUUUACAAAUUGUUGUUUCUAAAAAAAACAAUUUGGCCCAUAGAGUAACGUCAUCGCACAAAAAUUCAGCAGCGUCAAAAAUCUAGCCGGAAAACACAGAUACAUAUUUCAGACAAUCAGGGACAAAAGUAGUUGACACACUUGUUUAAAACGGGUGCUUUUAGCAAACAUUUAAUUCAUCUAUUAUUUCAUUCUUUUUAAACGCCGUAAAUCCCCUCACCCCCCGAAUCAAUGUUGUCUGAAGUAAAAAAAAGACUUGAGGGUCCAAAAUUCAACAUUGAUUUUGGGGGGAAGGGGUUGGGAUAAACGGGGGAAGGGGAUAAGUAUGUUCACUAUGCAAAAAGGGGCCAUUUUACGGAAGUGUGUCAACACUUUUGUCCCUCAUUGUAGUUUUAUUGAAGCGAUUGUAGUAAAAUCCCAUGGUCAACGGUGUCGAAGGCGGCACUUAAAUCCAGCAGUAGUAAGAGUGAUACAUGGCCCUCGCCCAUAUUCACGAGUAGAUCAUUCCUUACCUUUAACAAUGCAGUCUCCGGACUGUGAUGGGAGCGAUAAGCAGAUUGUAAUUGAGGGAAGAGAUUUUUUGUAAUUCUGUGACACUGAAUCUGAGAGGCCACCACACGCUAUGUUAAUUUAAACACAAACAGCGAGUUGCUCAUUAGACGAAAAUUCUUGAACAGUAUAUAGAAGCCGGGCUUUUUAAAUGAUGUGUAUACCACAGCAGUUUUCCAGGUUUCAGCAAAAUAUCCAGUCUCCAAGGAGAGGGUGAUGAUAUUAGUAAUGACAGCAAGGAGUGAGUCUAAACAUGCAGAUAAUAAGGAGACAGGUAUUGGGUCCAAGAUGCAAGAUUUGUUCUUUCCAGAUGGAAUCAUAUGACGACCUGUCUCAGUCGUUUGGCAUUGGAAGUGGGAAAGUACAAUAUCACCAGAUUCAGAUUCCAGGUUGGGCUCGGGCGUUGACAGCAAGGAUUUCGUCCAGCUAUGACAUGAUACUGGUAAUCUUGGCAGUAAAAAACUGACCCAUAUUGUUUGCAAGCAGUGAAGAGAUCGAUCUUUCUUCAUAUUCAGUAAACUCUUACUUGUCGCGAACAGCCUCCUCUGGUCUGUGCUGUUAUCUUCGAUAAACUGAUUAUAGUAAACACGGCGUGCCUCAUUCAUCAAAUUCACCACACGAUUUCUUUCCUUCUUAAAAGCAGCAAGAUCAACAGGUAAUCUUGUAGCUCUCCACGUCUUUUCAGUAUUUCGUCUCAAGCGCUUGGCAUCUCUAAUAUCUUCAUUGAACCAAGCAGCAAGAGGCCUGACAUUAAUGUCACGAGUUAAGACAAGUGCGUACAUAUGCAGUUGAGACCGUAACGACUAAUUAUAACAGCUGACUAGAGAGUCUAAGUGGUUAGGUGAUCACGAUAAAGCUGAGAAGAAGGAAUGGCCUCAGAAAAUUGGUUGGGGUCAAUUGAUUUCAUUUUCCUGAACUGCACAUGCGUGACAUUAGCUUGAGGUCUAUCAAAUCUUGACAGAAGACUGGAAAAUGGUCGGAGAAUAACUCACCAAUAGAAGGGCAAGCAGCAAUGAUGUUAUCAGAUGUACGAGUGAUAAUCAAGUCAAGUGUAUGACCAAGUUCAUGCGUAGUAGACAAACAUGCUGCGUGAGACCCAUCGACUCCGGUAUAUCCGACAGGUAGGUCCAUACGGAUGUUAAAAUCGCCCAGAAUUAUCAAGGGCUCACUUGACAUGACCAGAAACUCGAGGUAAUCGGUAAAGGGCUCAAUGAAAAAUGUGGAUGUGGUCACAGGAUGUGUAGCAGAAUGUGGAGGCCUGUAAACUAUAACGAGUAGUAAACGGGAAGUAGUUACUAAGAAACUUUUAGCUUAUUCCGUUUAUAGGUUUACUAGGAAACUAAUUCCGACCAUGUUUAUAUAGCAACAGCUCUUUACUUUUAUGAUUGUUUGUAUCCCUCAGUGCCCAGAGAAGCUCUUACAGUUUUACUCUCCUACAGGAGUUCCUAUCAGUAAAGAUGAUACUGCAAAAAUUGUCUGGAUAGUGUUGGGAGUUUCUGUCGCUCUUUCUGCUUUGGUGGUGGGGAUAAUUGUCUACCGUAAGAGAGCAAAGAGGAAUGAACGGUAUUUGAUAAAAUGAUAUUGUCUAUAUGAAUGUUGUGUAUUAUGAUAAUGAUAUGCAUGUCUUUAAGUGUCUGUCUCUCUCAGUCAAGUCGUGCUGGUGAGUGACCAUGCUUACAAGACCAAGGCGAUGUAACAUUUAUCACCUUGUGAGCAUUACCACAAGCCCAUGAUUAAUGACGACGAAUUUCAUUAACAUUUCAUUUGCACUAUUUUCCUUAGAUCCAGUGAGUCUGACAUUGCUGAGUUUAUGUUGCUGGAAGUCCCACACGAGCGGGUUACUAUCAUGGAGGAACUGGGACGAGGCGCUUUUGGAAGAGUUUAUAAGAGCGUGAUGAGGGGGUUACCUGAAAAGAAUACAUCCUCCAAACCCAAGGAUCACAGUUUGGAUUCGAAUAAGGGACGUAUUGUUGCUACAAAAGUUCUUCCAGGUGCGUGAGUUCAGAAUAUGGCAAAAAGAUAACUUACUCUUUCAGCAAACGCUUUUCACGGGAGUAAUUGUUAUUAAUAUAACAGGAAAGAGAGCCUCUCUUGUAACAGGUUUGAAUAUUUAAUCCAAUAGAUAGCAAACAUUAUAUCGUGGAAAGCAGCAUCUCAAUGCCCCAGUCGGUAACAUUGAGAUGUACAGUAAAAACCCACGUAUAAGAACCUAGGUUUUUCCAAGUUAGCCUAAACAGGUUCUUAUAUAAAUGGUAUUUAGUGUAAAAUUAGGCUAACUAGGUUCUUAAUUAGGUUCUUAACUUUUGUUCAAGAAAUAAAGCUGAAUUUUUAAAUGAUCUGCUGUUUAAUGUCCAAAAACAGAAUUCUUGGAGGCUUCGUUAAGCAAAAUACUAUACUAUUUUAAUCUGAUUCUGUUACAAUCAAACCCAUGGUAAAGUUUUAUGAAACCAUGCUAUAGUGUUUAGAGUAUUAUUGCAUACAGACUGUGUUAUAUAUAUAUUUAUUAAAAACUGAAUCAUGCAUUGGAUAAUGCAAUUCUAGCAUUUUGAUUGGCUUAGCCGUUAUGGUAUAUGAGCUAUUAUACCAUGCUCUCCAUAUAUGGUUGGUGUACGCGUCAGUUUAAAAUUGGAAGCUAGCUGAGAUUUUUUUUUUUGCGAAGGAUAGAACGGCGCCCGAAGCAAAUCGUUUUAAUUCAUUUCUUAGAAUACUAGAAAUGCAGUUUCAUCGAAAGAAAAAAGACAAAAACAAACAAAAAAGCCACAAUAGCUUGUUUGAAAGUUUGUCGAAAAACACAUGAAAACAGAUGGAACUCAAGUACCUUGACCAGCUACGAAAGAAGACAAGUGUUGUUUCUUGUCGCGAAGCCAUUCGCCGAUCGAGUCACUCGCCGAUAGAUAACUGUGGCUUGUUUAUCCGACAUCAAGAAUAUAGAUCACAAGUAACCAGCUACAAAUACAGGCUAUGCAGCCAUUUACUAGAGCCAUCGAGGCGGCAGUAUAGCUUCUUUUCUCGUUCAGCAAAACCAGCUUGUGGCUUCAAACAACUUCAUAACAAGCGACCGAGGUAAUAGUUUUUCUCCGUUGUUCUGCACCAAAAAUCCAAAUUCACAGUAAUUUCGACGACUGUCACUUAAAAAUUCCUUUCCUUUACAUUAUCUGCCAGGUUUUUAUAGCUGUCCUGCUGUGUAAAAUCCUAGAAUCCCCAAGAUUUUUUAAAAAACUAAUGUUCAUCAAUGUUUUGAUUUUUCAUUCAUGCAGUCCAGGCGAGUCCGUUCGCGCGUUGACAGUUUUGAUAGACGUGUGACAUGUGAAUAACGGAAGUCCCUUGUCUUUUCCGGUUUGUUCUAGCGAGAUUUUUUGGGCGUUUUUAAUAAAACAAUUAUUCCACGAGGGCGCGUUGGAUAUGAGAUGAUAGAUAGCCAACGAGGCGCGUAGCGCCGAGUUGGCUAUAAUCAUCUCAUAUCCAACGCGCCCUCGUGGAAUAAUUGUUAAAUAUAUAUACAUUUUUUUUUUUUGAAAAUAAGAACCUGUUUUAGGAUUUUAGCCUAAAAUGGUUCUUAUGUGAAGGGUGCUUAAAAAUGAAAUUUUAGCCUAACAGGUUCUUAAAUGUUAGGUUCUUAUACACGGGUUUUUACUGCACCUCACGGGGCCCAUUUUAGAUCUAAAAUUUUGUUUUCUACUUAUAUUAAUGACCUCACUGAAUGUUUGCAAUUUACCACACGAUUUGCAAUGAAUAGAUUAAUGUAGACAUAAAAACCUUCAGUGAGACCAGAACAUUGAUAAGGUUUCUUCCAAGGUUGGUCGUGUUAAGAUAUAAGUGGUAUUAGACAGGCUCGAGAUUAUGUCACAUUAUUUGAAAGUACUAAGAAGUAUAUAGCGCUUAAAUCGAUGCCCGUGUUCAAGCGAAAACCGAGCGGGCACCUUUUAACAAAACCACACAUAUAUAAAAAAUGCAAAACAGAAUAGGCUGCAUGAUCUCUUCUCAGGGCUGUGACAUGAUAACAGAUUAUUUCUUUAAACCAAUUCAAAAUGUUAGUGCAUGCCUUCGUAACGUGUAGAUUGGUCGUUCUGUUAUCUGAUCUUUCGAAAUACACUCUUUUUUUUCUAUAAGAAUAUAUUUUAUAAGAAUAUCGAGGCCGAAAUUUGCGAAAUGUUAAGAAUACUUUACGAAUAAACUCCAGGCUGAGAUUUUGAAAAGGAUAUAAUUUCGUGUGGUGAAAAUCUGUAAAUACAAUACAAAUAUACGUUUUCAAUUUAUUCCUUUCUUUAAACGGCAAAACUAGCUAACUAUAUUUAACAAAACUAUAAUUGAUACCUUAAUAUAUUCUAAAACGGAAAUGUCAUAAGCUAUUAUUAAGAAUAAUACAAGCCUAAAAUCGACGGAAAAAUAAGAAUAUUCAGCCUGGCCCGGGAAAACAAUAUUCUUAUAUAAAAAAAAAGAGUGUACGUUAUUCACAUGUUUCAGUCACUUGAGAACUUGGUGUGGUUUUAAAUAUGACCAAAUUAUUGCUUUACUUAGAGAACUAUAUUGGCUUUCCCUGGAGCAUGAGUAGCGGAAUUUUAAAUUAUUUAUGUCCGAGCUAUAACCAUCAUUUGUUUCAAACUUACAAGCCUGGUAGGAGUUCACGAUCAUCAACCACGAACAUGUUAAUUAGUGACACCCAGAUCAAGGCUAAAAUUUUAUCGGGCGAUCAUGCUUUUUCGUUUGUGCCCCUAAACUUUGCAAUAAUUCUCCAGAGCACAUAGAGUGUAAAAUGGAGUUUGAAUAUUCGUUCUUCUAAAAGCAAUCUUAAAGCUUUAAAAACCUCUUAGCGUUAUUUUUAUUUCGUAGUUUUGUUUAACAAUUUUUCUUUUUGGUAAUGUUACGAGUUUAAUGCUGCUUUCUAGUGGUUUAAGUUUAAAACAUUUAUUUGAUGACGAUGACGGUGAGCCGUAAAUCCUUUAUGAAAGCCAACUACAAAAGCAUACUGGGAUGUCCCUGUCUAUGCAGAGUCAAUGAACGUGAGCCAGUUGGAUAGAUGCGUUGCGAUUACAAAUGUACACUCAAGGAAAGUCAUAUUACUGGAAAUAAAGUACCCGUGGGUCGAGAAUUGGGAAGCAAUUAAGGAACACAAAACUUGACGUCUAGAAUUAGAGAGACAAGUUUCCGGACGAAAAGAUCUUCCAGUAUUACAUCAUGUCAUAUGUUGUGCUUGGUGAUCGCUAUAUGAAGAGAACUGACGGUUUUUUCUUUGUGACUUUCUUUUAUGGACGACACUUAACUUACGGAACCAUUUUUUCCUCAAGCAGAAAUUAGGACCUGAGCUAUUGACUGUGUUAUAUUUUCAUAGGUUAAAUUUACUUUCAUUUUAAUUAGUUCUCUUUUUUCUUUGCAUCUGGUUUUAGUUGUUUAGCACUAACUGAUAUCGUGUAGCGUUUACGUAGGUCACUGUUACCUGGAUUUUCUUUAAAUGUCUUUUUUUUUAGAAAAUUCCACGGAGGAAGACAAACGGCAGUUAGUUCGGGAAAUUGAGCUGAUGAAGGAAGUUGGAACACACCGUAAUAUUGUGAGCAUGCUCGGGUACUGGAUCCAAUCAUCUCCCAUUAUGUUAAUCAUGGAAUAUGUUCCGAACGGAGAUCUUCUUCAGUGGCUCAGAAACAAAAGGCAACAGGUAUAAUUACUUUAUCGGCUGUAUCAAUAAAAAUUUGCUGCCCUCUUUUUUGCCUUUUGUUUAAAAAAUAUUUUCUAUCCAUUCGUAAUAGGGCUGCGCAAAGGUAUUAUUUAUAGAACUCAACUCAGACAAACAAAUUCCUCAAUUUUGUUUGUCUUUUUGUCAUUAAAAUGUCAAGUUUGUCUGACUUUUGUCGUGAAAAUAACAAAAAUGGCAGAUUUCAGAGAAAUAUAGCAAAUUAGUCACUCUGAAGUCAUUAGUAUUCUGUGCUGCACUUUCUAAUGAACAUCGUCCUGGGCGUGUAUGUUCUUUUUCUUACAUUGUGUGGUCUCUUAAGGCAGAAGGAAAAUCCUCUACCUCAUCACACGUCUAAAAACCAUCGUCUUCAGUAAAAAUAGUAAGAUGCUAAACAACUACAUGCUAUUCAUGCAUUCGGAAAACAAAGAUCUGUAAAUACACAAAAAUUUGUAUUCAACGCUGAGUUAAUAAAGCCUAGCUUGCCCCGGUAGGAUCAGUUAAGGUUUUGCGGGAAACUGCCCACCUAUCCUUUCCCUAAGCCACAUUUUGCCCUAAGUGAGAAGGUGAUGUUAAUGUUGUCUUAGGGGAGGGGUAGGUGGUCAGAAAAGACCACAUACAUUUUCUGUUUCCACUGAUUCUAAGGUCUUGUUUUUCCCUUGAACUGGGCUUCAUUUUCCAUGUUUGGGUCUUUAAUAGGAUAUUGGCUUUCGCUUGUCUCAACUAUUCGAAAGUUUUGAGAGUACCCCCUCCCCCCAGGUGGGCGUUAACCUUUUCUGGUCAGCAUGAAUCACGGGAUUACUAAUGGUGGAGCUACGCUAUUGUUUGAACAUGGUAACAAGAAACGAAUAGUUUACUUCAACGAACGCUUUUCAUUCUGGUAAUUUACUUAUUUUUUCUCUCAUUUUCUCAUGUAUUCACCAUAGUUGAGCUCCGCCAUUUGAUAAACCGUCCUUGAUUCCAGCUAACAAAGGGCUUCCACUCAAAAUCCCCGUCAGCUUUUCCAUCCACGGUCUUUCAAUGGUGGCAAGAUGAGUUAUUCAAAUUAACCCAUAACACCAGUGAGAGUCUUGCUUUUCAACCUCCGACCGACGUAGUAGAAAAGUUUCUUUUUAAAAAACCCUUCAAAAUAUUUUGGUGGAGAUAAUGAUUGUGCAUCCCGGAAGCCCUGUACGAGAUAUGACGUCACAAGUGGCAUUAGGUCAAGCCAAAUAUUCAAAAGCACACGUCGCGUUUUUGGGACUGUCUAUCUUAAAAUGUCACAGAAAAUUGUAACAAAGCAGAAGAAAAGCUUUGUUUCUAUUGCAGUUUAACCCAUUUGAAUUUUCCGUGGACGAUUUAAAUAAAGUUGGCCUAUAAGGUAUUCCCGGCUAGAUUUUCAGUUUAACGUCGGAUAAGUAAUCUUUGAAUUCACAUGGUUCCUUUUAAAUGCUGGGUAAAGAUAUUUCGGCUAACCAGCUGAUAUUGUUGAAAUUGUUUCUGCUGACAAAACCGUGUCGUGAUCAGACGGAAUUCAUUUCAAUAUUUUUUUGCAGCUUACAAUGAACAAGAGUCGUCAAAGUGAUGUCGUUGAAAGGCUUAAGCCUCCUGUUCCUGAGAGGCCGAAACUGGUGUCCAGAAACCUGCAAACAAAAGAUGUCCUGGAUGAAAACCUGAAAGAGGAGAACAGGGAAAGAAAUAAUGAAGAAAGUGGAAAAGACGGUGGUUAUCAUUCCAGUGCGACGAAGGAAAUUAAAAUGGACCUGGACGACGUUGAAAGAGGAAUUCUAAUCAACGAUGCUCCUCGAUCUGAGAUGGAACCUCUCCUGGGUUACGAAGAUGACAAGGAGGAAGAAGAAAGUGACGAUGUCAACACGUCAUUUCAACAAAAUGAACGGCGAAAGGGGUCGGUUACGUCGGUGAUGGUGUUACCUUCCAUCAGUAUUGCCCAUUUCUCCAAAGAAAAAGGGCUCACUCCCGCUGAGCCUUUGAGAAACGUCGAAGAAAAGAUCACCAUCGAGAAAGAAGAAGGCAGCUGUGAAGGCAAGGAAGAUGAUGAAGAAGACAUUUCUGGGAAAGAAGUUCUUUGUUAUGCGUGGCAGAUUGCUAAAGAGAUGGUAAGAACUUUUUCGACGGAAGAAUGUCUUUAGCAAUUUAGUCAUCGUUUGCAAAUCACAAAAAUCUGCCUCUUCCCCGUAUUUAAAAUACUUUACUACUAGUUUUUUUCUGUGUCUGCAAGUAUUAUGCUAUCCGGACAUGAGACGGCAGAUUUUUGAAGCAUUCAAAUUGCUGCGUUAAUUAUAACAGACCAUUAUAGGGCUAACUACUAUCUUGCUGAAUUUUUCGUGAAACAUAGCACACAUAAAAUUGAGCCAUUUGAUUUAAAAAAGGUCAAAAACGAGUUUUUUUAUAGCCUGAGAAGCCUAAAAAUCAAAUGGAGCCGUCGUGAAGGUACCUAUUGAAAAAUCAGGUCUGUUCGUAUUUUCGAAAAGGUGUGCAAUGAAUACAGCCAUACGACCUGAAUAAGGCUAAGCUAUCAGUUAUUUAAUUUGAAUCGUACAAGCCUGACAUUCAGGAACGUUGCCAGCUUUUUGGCUAGUUGUAGGCCUGGCUGACUUUCAUUUCCAUAUAUCCUGAAAAUUGUACGCAUGACCAGUACGCACUGACCUCACCGACACUUUGAGCUCGUGUUUUUUCAGUUGACUCCAACAACGCAUAAUUUAUUAUUACAAGCGGUAGAGUGAUCAAACCAAAAAUUUGAAGGCCCAGGCCUACAGGGCUAUGGGCUGGCUAAGCCCAUGAGAAAAGAAGGGAAGUAGAGGAAAGAAAAAGCAAUGGUUAAAUUUGUUUUCGUGACUGGAAGACUGAGCAGCAAGGACUUUCUAGAUAAAUAUACUCCAGUACUCGGAAUCUUGGAAAGCACAAUAAACGGUCUACCAGUGGAACUGAUGAUUGAAGGCAAGGGAUUGCUUUUGUAAACGGCCACCAUGAUGGUAUUUGCUAACUAUUGUAAGCUCAAUUGAUAUAUCUGGUGGCUCAGCUGUAUAUUUGACUUUUGGGUUUCGCAGAUAACUCCCUUCUGGUGAUCCGCAUAACUCUGCCUCAUCCAAUAAUCGCUGUUUAUUGAUUGGUAUGAAUGAACCUUUUUUAACGAAAAAAUCUAAUCUCUAAAAGAAUAAUGUUCACUGAGGUAUGCCGUUUUGGGUGACUUCGAAAUAGAAAUCAGCAGUAUAGUAAGAACCAAUAGGUUUUUUUCUCUUUUUCGUGCGUGGCAGGCUAAGGAGGGCUUUAUUCCACUCACCUUAAGUCUCCCUGAAAAACAGCAACAGGUGUCAACGGGCUUUCUUCCGCGGUUGAAAACUUAACUGAAAACCUUACUUUUUCAGCCAAUAUUCAUCCCUUCGAGUUAUCGAGAGUAAAAUUGUAUGAAAGUGAUCUGAAGGAAAACAAAAAUUACUUCGAGUUAGCGGGAGUUUCGAGUUAUCGAGGGUUCGAGUUACCGACGGUAAAGGAAAUCCAGGGGAAAUCGAUUCUGGUUCGAGUUAGCGAGGGUUCGAGCUGGAGUCGACUGUAGUUCACUUAGCUUGUUCAACUUUGACGGCUUUUUGCGCUGAAAAGUAUACGUCGCGGGGAUUUCUUGGUCAAUUCCUUAAUUUGUUUCUUGUUUUCCAACAGCUGUGACGGAAAUCCUCCCUCCAUUCUUCAUGAAUAGACCGACGAUCACUUCCUCCCGCUUUCCAGACCUUUUGCCAGGCACAGCGUGCAGUCGCUUGUUCAAGGCUCUCGAUAGUAGGGUGGCACCGGCAAAAAUAAGGCAAAAAAGCGUAAGGUACCGGCAAAAAAGUGUAAGGCACUGGCAAAAAUAUAAAAGCGUGAUCUAGGAAAAAGGGGCGAUGGCGGGCUAUCUUUGAGCCUGCAACAGACGUUUCAUUGUACUUGGUUGCUUUUCCGCCAAAUCGUUAAAUCGGGAGUUCGUUUACAACGAUAUCCCGAUUAAACUGCUAUCCCCCUGCCAUAUCGUAAAAUCGAGCUUCCAUUUUAAUUUCAUAUUGGAAAUGUUUUGUUGAUCUAAAGGUAUCUGGUAACUAAAAAUUGUUUGAGAAAAAAUUUCAUUAUUUCUGUGCCAGGAAUACUUGGCCAGCAAAGGAUUUAUUCAUCGUGACCUGGCAGCCCGUAAUAUCCUAGUUGGUGAGGACAAGGCGGUGAAGAUUGCUGAUUUUGGUUUGUUACGCCACGCAAAUGAGAGUGAAAUAUACGAAGUUACGAGCGUACACAAGCUACCAAUGAAAUGGAUGGCACCUGAGGCGUUGGAAAGUGGCAUGUUUACUUUCAAGACUGACGUGUAAGUAUAUGUUAACGAGGUCGCAGUUAGACCAAGCUUAGGCUUCCUGUAAUGCAGUGUGAAGUUGAGGUUUUAGAUAACAUAGACCUUGCAGUGUUCUGUUUAGAACUGUCUGAAAAAAAGAGCACAAUUUUGAUCAUGACACUGUCUACAGUAGCGGUUAUCACUCUAUCUAAAGAAAUACUCAAGCGUUUGGAAAACAUUAGCCUGUUCCAGGCGUGAAACUUGAAAAUAAGAUAUAUAAACAGAAUCUUUGAGCCACUGAAGUUAAUCUGAGACCAUCUUGGAUCCUAGAUUCCAAGCUCCACACCCCACAUUCCAGAUACUAGAUUCCGGAUUCCAACUCAGAGUAUUCCAGAUUUCAAAAGGCCCAGAUUCCAGAAUUUCAUAGUUAGCAGGAUUCCAGAUUUUAAAGUCCAUCACUCCACUCAAAAAUUUCCUGGAUUACCAUCCAUGAGGCGAGAUAAAAAAAAAUUGAUAUUUCUAUGAAUUUAAUUCUUGCUAUUUCUUUAUCUACUUCCUUUUAAUGCAGAUGGUCUUUUGGAGUUGUUUUGUGGGAACUAGCCACCAUGGGUAAGCUAGUUUUAUAAAUCUUUGUAUACUGAUGCUGGUAGAAUAAUACUCCAGUACAGUCAUUUCCUAUACCCGAGGGAAUUGAGAGGAAUCCCCAAUGACAGUAGUUAGGGAAAAGCUGACUGUUCAGUUUUAGGAUAGCAGUCACGGGAGAAUCGAACUGCUUUAUAAAAGAAGCCAUUCUUGAAUAAUGUCAUGAUUGCUAAACAACUAGAAAAAAUAAUAGGCUCAUUUCCGCAGCUCCCUCGGCCGUCUUUACCGGGGAGGAGCGCAGGCUCAUAAUAAUCCAGCCUAUAAGUCAUACCCUUAACCACAACUUGACCUGAUAUCACGUGUCACUUGGCGAAAUGAAUACUCAGUAAUGCUAAACUUGUACAUUACGUUAUUUUAAACCCUCCUGGAGGUUGGUAGAUUGAUAAUACAUGAUGGUCAUUGAACUGAGUGGAGAGCAAUUUGGUCCGAAAUCAUACGCGUGAUUUCGCGCGCGAGUUCGAUUUGAGAUCAGAAGUAUGAUUUCAGACUAAAAUUGCACGACACAAAGUGAAAUUAUCACUUUAUUACAGCCAUUUUGAAACCGCAAAAUUCAAUCCGUACCAGCAGUGAUUGGCCGUGGCACCAGACAAGUUAGCUCGUUAUCUCCCAUACUCGUUAACAUAUAUUCUGAAGCCAUGCUAAGAGAUGCUUUAAGUGGUGUGAAUGAAGGUAUUCGAGUGGGAGGUCAUCUAAUUAAGACAGUUCGCUUUGCGGAUGAUCAAGCAACCUUAGCCAGUUCAGUUAAAGGUCUGCAACUUAUGAUGGGUAAAAUGCAGGAAAACUCCGGGGAAUAUGAUAUGAAGAUCAAUGUUAAGACGACUAAGGUGAAGAAAAUCAGUAAGAGGCCUGGUGAGGAAUUCACGAUCUUUCUUGAGGGUAAACAGUUAAGUCAAGAAUCGUCUCUCUUUAACUACCUUGGGAGCCUCAUUACACAGGAUGGAUCCCGUGAAAAAUAAAUUAGAUCGAGAAUAGCCCGAAAACGCGUUUACUAAGAAAAAAGAACUGCUGACAAAAGCCUUCAGCGCGCUAGCCUUUGCCUGAAGAAGAUAAUUAUAAAGACGGUCAUCUGGGGUACUUUUCUGAAUGGAGCCGAAUGAUAGACCUUAAAGAAAGAGGAUCUGCGAAGGCUGGAGAGCUGUGGGAUGUGGCUUUGGAGAAAAGGUUUUAAACAUAACUUGAUCUGUACCCUGCGAGCAGAGGCUACAUUUUCGCGGUAUGAGCUGGCGUGCGAAAAGUAACCUCUGCCGACAACCGUUCAGUUUUCUAUCGUGCAUGCGCAAAAUUCGUCACGCGAUUCGCAAGCAACUGGUUCGUCAUAUCUGCGUGAGUUUCGCGGGAAUCAAACUUGCGAAAACUACCUGCGAACUACUCUCCUGGAGCUUUUGUUUUGUUUUUCUGCUUCGCCCCUUCUGGUUUUAAGUAUUUUAGCCGCAAAAUUUCCACGGAUCGUCUUUUUUAGGAAAGUAUUUUUAUGCUAUCAACAUUUUUCCGGCUUUAAAAUGAAAUUCGCAGACAACGCUACGCAGAAGUGAUGCUUGAAAUAAAUUGGAUGCUGUAGUCUCACGAUUGUGUUUUAAACUAAUGUUAUGAAUGAACAUAGACGAAACAGUAGUCAGAAAAUUUAUUUAUCGAAAAAUUUUAUGCGAAAACCCAUAAUUUUAUCCUUAAAAGCAAUUCGCGUAAUACUAACUGGAUCGUGGAUCAUUUCACGCGAGUAAAAGCUGCCGAAGACAUCAAAUGUCAAGGCCAAAAUCCGUCUCAAGUCGUAUAAAACAUCUAUGAAACAACUAUAAAUACUUAAAUUUCCAUUUAAAAACGGAACUUCCUUGACCAUUAAUGUGCAAGUUGUACCUGAAAAUUCUUUUAAAACUUUGCCGCUUUGGUUUCUUUUCAGAACAGGACAAGCGUUCCUUCGUGAAGAAGCCAACCAGGUUGAAGUCCUUGAGGGCGAAUCAGUGUUCAGUUAAAAGCUUUUUUUCUGCUUUUUCCACUAAAAGAAAACUGAUCGAUGAUUUUUUUGAACAUUCCGGUUCCCAUCUGUGUCGUAAAACAGUGCAUUUAACCUUGCAUUGAGAGGCGGCACAAAAAUAACCGCAGUAUCCAUUUUCUUUUCCUGGCAAACAAAAACUACCAUAUGAUAAAUUAACGAUCUUUACACGGUCCCGUAAGAAGCACCGGCAGCAGCUUGUUUCGGUAUUCCGACAGCUUUAAAAUACAGAGCUUAUUCAAGUUGUUGACGACGCUCUUUUAAAUACAUAAACAGGGAUUUUUCCUGUUGCUACGUUUGAGCUGUGUUGAUCCGCGUUCGUAUGCGAGAAUUUGGCGCGAAGGGAUGCAUGAAGGCGCAAUAAUAGUCAGUGUUCAUUCGCUGACGCAAGACUCACGCAAUCCGCAAUGCUCUAAACCGGUCAAGAACAAGAAAAAAGCCGGUUUUGUUAAUUUAUUCGUCCAGAUUUCUGGACGGAUUUGAACGGUUGUCGGCAGAGGCUACUUUUCGCACGCCAGCUCAUACCGUGAAAAUGUAGCCUCUGCUCUCAGGGUACUUGAUCUGACAAAGUCUGUAACGAAGAAGUAUUGAGGCGUGUAGGUGAGGAGAGGGCCAUCACAGCUUUUAUCAACAGAAGACAGAGAGUCUGGCUUGGUCAAACCCUACGACAUGGUGAUCAUGUCCCAUUAGUUAUUUAGGGAAGAAUACCAGGAAAGAGACCACCUGGAAGACCUCGAGCGGGAAUGCUGGAUAGAGUGAAGGAUGGCAGCUCUUACGUAGCGGUCAAGAGGCGUGCCUUAGAUCGAGAACCACGAGGAAGGACUUGCCUGUGGGCAGAUCAAAUAGCCUGUUGAAAAACGGAAACAAAAGGGCUUUUACAUCUCAUUUUGUAUUCGAAACAGAAAUGAUGCGAUAUAAAGCAAGGUGCGACGGUGCGACGUGGUUUAGAACAUAAAUAACGCGAUUUAGAACAGAUAUGAUUGUGUGAUUCGCAAAUAAAUCACACUGCUGAGAGCCAAUCAGAUUGUUGGGAUCACCAGCGAUUUCAAAAUGAAAAAUAAGAAAAGCCCAAAAAUCUUUGAUAAGACAGUAUUGAUCUUUAUUUUGUUACUUUAGGGGGUAGACCAUACCCUGGGAUAAGCCCUAUGAGGCUAUGCAGUUUACUAAAAUCUGGAUAUCGGAUGGAGAAACCCAACACGUGCAGCGAUGAAAUGUAAGUCAGAAUAGAAAUAAUAAAAGACCACCGAAUAGAGGGCACGAUGAAGGAAUACUUACAAAGUCCUUCAAACAGUUUUUUUUUUCUAAAAUUGUCAGCCUUUUCGAGGAGUGGAAACUUAAGCUCGCCUCUUUCCUUUACGUUGCCCCCAUUCUAAAAAGAGCCUAUGGAACAUAAGUGUAUUCAAUAUUCAAAGUAAAUGGACACAUAUCUUUGUGUAGUGGUAUUUUUAACUAUGUUUUCCUUUUUCAACAGAUACAAAUUGACGAUGGACUGCUGGAAGGAGGAUGCAAAUGAACGACCCUCAUUCGCUCAACUAAUACCGAUACUGGAAGAGAUGAUGACAGAAGAUACCCCUUACUAUUAUUUCAGACUACUGGAUCAGAACCAGCCAUGUUACCGUGAGGCAUCCGCUACCAACACCAGUAAAACUAGCACUCUUGAUACGAAGCUGUAA